UCUGAGUAAGUCUGUGACAUAUAUCGCGCGUCGGUCAUGUAGCCUGGUUUUCUAUCAAUUAUAAUAUGUGGUUAUUGUCAUUGUGAUUGCAUAUAAAUGCAUGAAUUAUUCAUCAAAUAACGCAACGAUUUCCGCAGAAUUUGCUGGUGACAUAAAUGCUGAUUUGUUAUUUGAAAGCUGACUUAAUGAAUUAUUGAAAAUGGCUGAUACACAAUCAAAUACAGAAAAGUCGGAGAAACAAGAUGAUCCUAUGAAGAACUAUGAGUUUGACGGACAAACUUAUAUCUAUACCGAUAAAGCAACAAAUAUUACCUACAGAUUUGAUCAGGAGAAUACUAAAUGGGUAGUAAAAGAAGAUAAUGUAAGCUCCGAUAACAAGGAAAGCUCUAAUAGAAAAGAGAAAAAAGAAAAUUCUGGUCCUGAAGUUAGUUCAGCUGGUACUUUUGGCUUUGAAAAUGAUACACAUACUUAUACAGAUCCAAAUGAUGGUAGCGUUUAUUUCUGGGAUAAGGAGAAAAGUGCUUGGUUUCCAAAAGUUGAUCAGGAUUUCAUGGCUAGAUAUCAAAUGAGCUAUGGUUUUGCGGAUACUAGUGCACCACAGUCAAAUCCAUCAGAGCCAAACCAGCCUACAUCCCUUCAGAAAGCCAAAGAAGAAAAGGAACAAAGAAGAACAGAAGCAAAGCGAAAAGCUCAGGAACCGCCGACUUGGUUUGAGGUCGAUGAAGCGCAUAAUACUGCUAUUUACGUAUCUGGCCUACCUCUGAACAUUACCAUGGAAGAGCUUACGGAACUCUUUACCAAGUGCGGCCUCAUAGCUAGAGACGAAAGAGGGAAAGAUAAAAUCAAGCUGUACAAAGACGUCAAUGGUGAACCAAAAGGAGAUGCUCUUUGUACUUAUAUCAAGGUCGAGUCGGUGGAUUUGGCCCUAAAAAUUUUGGACGGCUCGCAAAUCCGAGGAAAAACAUUAUCGGUCCAGAGAGCAAAGUUCCAAAUGAAGGGCGCAUAUGAUCCCGCGCUGAAACCAAAGCGGAAAAAAAAGGAUAAGGAGCGGCAGAAGAAGAUGCAAGAAAAAUUGUUUGACUGGCGACCAGAUCGCAUGCGGGGUGAACCGUUAAAGUGCGAAAGGGUCGUUAUAUUAAAGAACCUUUUCACACCGGAGGAUUUUGACAGGGAUGUCCAGCUGCUUCUAGAAUACCAGCAGGAUAUCCGAUCCGAAUGUCUCAAGUGCGGCGACGUCAGAAAAGUCAUCAUUUAUGACAGGCAUCCUGAAGGAGUAGCGCAAGUCACAUUCCGAGAACCAGCAGAAGCGCAAGCUUGCAUACAACUUCUGAACGGCCGUUGGUUCAGCCAGAGAAAGAUCUCAGCGGAGAUCUGGGAUGGCAAGACCAAAUACAAAAUUACAGAAACUGAUGCGGAGAUUGAAGCACGACUAACAAACUGGGACACAUACCUGGAGCAAGAAGAUGAGCAAAAGGAAGAAACAGAACGAGAAACAAAAAGCAGUAACAUAGAACAAAAAACAUCGCAAUGAGAAUGCAUUCCACGACCGAUAAAAUUGUAAUUAUAUUUUAACGGAUUCUAUUUUCCUUAUUUCCAAAAAUCCUCGUCGUCGUUUCGCACUGAAUGUUAAGCUCAGAGCUUUUUCUUUGAGCGUUUUAAUGAGAACGCGAUGAUUAAUCGAUUCUGUCAACGACGACGUGGUUGAGAUUAUAAGCUGCUCGUAAUCUUCGUCGUUGAAUCGGCGCUACUGUUGUAUUAGUCAUAUAUUGUUAGUCGUUGCAACAAUAAAGAUAUCUCUUCGGGUUA